CGAGAUAAUAUAAUCAAGUACAGAAUUUGCUUCAUGAUCGAUCUGUGUGCUCCAACCGAACCUGCCAAAAAGAGGGUAGCAGAUCUUUGUUACUACAAUUGAGCAGUGUGGAAUUGAUUUGUCGAAGUAAGUAAACUCGAGGCCGGUUAUGUCACAAUUUAAUUUGCCUGCAAAAAUAAUAUUUCGAAUUUUCUAUCUUCAGGUGAUCUUAAUUAAGGCGAUAUCGCGCCGCCGUGCCUUAUAUGAAAACAUAUAAUCUGAGAAAGAAAACUUUUGGAAUUAAAUUCCAAAAAUGACUUUUUCUACCAUAAAAAGAGAUUUCUUUACUAAUUUGUUUACCACGAACCAAUUAUUUUCCUAAUAAACAAAGUAUUUUCCUAAUAAUCCAAAAAUUCCACUGACUUUCUGUAAGAAAAGUAUUUUCCUAAUAAACAAAGGCUCUUGCAGCCUGCUGGUCAAUUACAAUUUUAUUAUUAUUAUAAUAAUAACACCAUUUUUGUUUUCUGGAAUCAAAGAAUACCAUUUUUGUUCUUUUAGUGGAAAUAAUAUAAUAAUAACUUCCAUGUCCUUCCAUUUACCAUUAUAAAUAAGCAAUGGACACCAAAGUUGAAUACUCCCCCCCACCACCUUCCCCUCUCUCCAACAACAAAACACAAAUAAACCAUGAAAUCCAGCCUUGUUCUUUGCCUUCUCCUCUGCGUUCUUCUGGUGAAUUUCAGAGGGAACGAUGCGAUAAGGAAAGAUCCGGCGUCGACGACGACGACGACGGAGGAGUACUGGAAGAAAGUGAUGAAGGACGAGCCUCUUCCCAAAUCCAUCAAAGAACUGCUCGUCUUCGAGGCCGCCGGCGACGGCGACCAUGCCGCCACCGCCGUCGUGGACGGGGAGAAGAAGGUGGCGAUAAACCGGUUCGUGAAGGAUUUCGACACUCUGACCACCGCCAUCAUCUACCACAACACGCAAUCACAUGGCGGCUAGACCGGAUCGAUCACCGGCCGGCUAGCUCUGUAAAAAAAAUAUAUAUAUAUAAAGAUUAAUAAUAAGAUGGAGCCCUAAUAUAGUGAAGCGCGCAUGUGGCUGGACGUUCGUGUUUUCAGUGUUGUUCGUUUUGUGGUUAAAGGCAAUAGUUAAGGCAAUUUGGUCAGUGACGUUCUUUCUGUUAGCUAGUUUUUGUGGUUGGAUUAUUUUAUCAAUGGUUCUCCAAUAUGAAGUUCGUAUAAGAUCGAUUCUGAAAAUCUCUCCUCCCAACAGUUCUGAAUCCGUAGAAACAAUCGGUUCUUGAUAUGAUACCCGAAUCGCGGUCAUGAUGAUCAAAAGAUCUCGUGCUUGAAUAUUCUCGUAACUUUAAUAUCAACAAUCGAUUUAAGUAAAUGUAACGAUGGAGUUAUGCAAACUUCAAACCUAUUAUUUGAAUAUAUCAUGUAACAAGAUGAUAUAAAAGUCAUUUUAAAAUCGCUUAUCAGGUUUAAAAAAAACAUCAUUUUGGGUAUCGGGGAAAAAGGUAGAUGUUCCACACGGUGAGGCAUCAUUGAUCAUACCAUUGACGUGCAAAAUCUAAUGUUUUCACGCACCUCUAACAAUCAUUCACACAGAUUCACGUAUAUUCAUGCACAUUAGCUAGCUAAUUUGUCACGCGCGCACUCCCAUUCGUUUACACUUAUAUACUUAAUAUAUUGUAGAAGUGCGUGCAAAAUAGGCCAUGCGCGUGUGAAUAUAAAUGAAUCACUGUGAAUAAC